AUGUCAACUAACACAGCAAAGGUCUUGAGAAUAGGGAAGGUGUUCUAUGCCCAAACCAAAUGGAAUCAACUUGAAUCAAAAGAAGGAGUUGAAGUGAUUGAAUGUACUCUGAAAACGAGACAAGAGUUCUUACAAGACCUUAAGACAAUAUAUAAAGAUGUAACCAACAUAACCAGAACUUUUGAAAGUGUCAAUAACACUGGUAGAUUUGAUGAAGAAAUUGCCCAAGCGUUACCAGAUUCAGUUAAGACUGUUAGUCAUUGUGGAGCGGGAUAUGAUCAAGUUGAUAUUGCUCCAUUGAGUGCCAGAGGUAUUCAAGUUUCUAACGUGACUACUCCCGUGGAAGCUCCAACUGCUGAUACAGCCGUAUUUCUUUUGCUCGAUUGUUUGCGUAACUACUCCUGGGGCCAAAGAGAAAUUACUAAGUGGCCCCAAACCAAGGCUGGUGGUGCACCAUUAGGGAGAGAACCAAGAAAUAAAACAGUGGGGAUCUUAGGUAUGGGUGGUAUUGGUAGAGCUAUUCGUGAUCGAUUAAAACCAUUUGGAUUCGGUAAGAUACAAUACUACAAUAGAAAUCAGUUAUCAUCAGAUUUAGAGAAAGGUACUGAAUAUUGUGGUUCAUUAGAUGAAUUCUUUGCCACCAGUGAUGUCAUAUUGAUUAGUAUUCCUUUGAAUUCCCAUACUUUCCAUUUCAUCAACAAUGAAGCCAUUGACAAGAUGAAAGAUGGAGUGAUAAUAAUCAAUACGGCUCGUGGGGCUGUUGUUGAUGAAUCUCAAUUGAUUGCCCAUUUGAAACUGGGUAAAGUUGGUUCUUAUGGUUCGGAUGUGUUUGAGAAUGAACCGGAUUAUAAUAAAGAAUUGGUAUCUUUACCCAAUGUGGUUGCAUUACCGCAUAUGGGUACACAUGCAAUUGAAUCAAUCCAGACUAUGGAAGAAUUUGUUGUAGAGAAUGUUGAGAGUUAUUUGGAAACAGGUAAAGUAAAGACCAUUGUUCCUGAACAAUAUAGUAUAUUUUAUCCUCCCGUUGAUGGAGAUGGCACAAGUCAACUUCAACAGGAGCAACAACAAGAAGAGCAUCUUCAUCUUCAUCAUCAACUUCCAAUAAUUCCGGGUGUUGAUGCAAUUGAAAUUGAUUACGAAGCGUUGCCUGAGAAUGCCAGUUUGGCUGCUCAUUUGGCCGCAGGUGCUCUUGCAGGUAUCAUGGAACAUUCCGUGAUGUUCCCCAUUGACUCGAUUAAAACUCGGAUGCAAAUACUUGAUAAGGGACUGGUUCAUCUUUCUCGGUCGGUAUUUGAAUCAAUAUCUAAGAUCGCUUCUACAGAAGGUGCUUAUUCUUUAUGGAAAGGUGUUUCUAGUGUUAUUAUGGGUGCUGGUCCAGCACAUGCUGUUUAUUUUUCUGUUUUCGAAGCUACAAAAACAUUUCUUGUUAAUAGAAUGACCAAUUCUCCUAAUUCAAAGAAGAUCAUAACCGAUGAGAAUCAUCCUUUAAUUGCAAGUGGUGCCGGUAUUGCUGCAACCACUGCCUCUGAUGCGUUGAUGACUCCGUUUGAUACCAUCAAACAAAGAAUGCAAGCUCUGCAAAUUCCUGAAUUACAAAAAUCAUCCUCAAGAAUACAAAGUGUUAACAUCAUGAAGGUUGCUGGUCAUAUGUAUAGAGGUGAAGGUUUAAAAGCCUUUUACAUAUCUUAUCCAACCACUUUAUUAACCAAUAUUCCCUUUGCUGCAUUGAACUUUGGUUUCUAUGAAUAUUCUUCAGCUAAACUCAAUCCAACCAAUCAAUAUAAUCCUUAUUUACAUUGUGUUAGUGGUGGUAUUGCUGGGGGGAUUGCUGCUGCCUUGACUACUCCCUUGGAUUGUAUAAAGACAGCCUUGCAAACAAAAGGUAUUGUGCAUAGUGAAACUUUAAGAAAUAUUAACGGAUUCAAAUCUGCUGUUAAAGCUAUAUAUGCUCAAGGAGGUUAUAAGGCUUUCCUUCGAGGGUUAAAACCUAGAAUUAUCUUCAAUGUUCCAUCCACAGCUAUUUCUUGGACAGCUUAUGAGAUGGCCAAGGAGAUUUUAAUUCGGGGGAAUGGCCAAAGGAAGUAA